AAUGACAUACAACAAUAUAUUUAGGAGCUUCUUCACGUGGUGGAAGUCAACAAAAUUUGAUUUUAUGACAUUUGUACAGCAAAAUAAUCGGAUUGUGUAUGUCCUGGGAAUCGGUGGGAUUAUUUAGCUGAUUACGAGAUCCCAUUUUCGACAUAUUGUUUUAUCAGUCACGUAAAUGAACGGGGAAUAGACGUCAAAUUUAAUCCGGACCGGCACGGAAAAUGAUUAUAGACAGGGACCAUUGAGAAAGAUUAGGCAGGAAUUGUGUUAGCUUGAUUAGAACAUAAUUUAGAAUAUUGUUCCUUCUGCUUGAUUUAUGUUCUAAGGGAUAUAUGGAUGGAGAGAUUUGGCGCGAUUUUCUUGGCGUUAAUUAAUUCGCUUUUAUGUUCCUCCGGACACAUUUUGUCAAAUUUAUCAAUCUUUCCUUGUUAUAUUGUCAUAAAAGAGUAUAUUGUGAUAUAUUUUCUGUUCUUUUAAAAUCGUGUGACUGGGAAUUUAUAUCUUGAAAAAGAAAAUUAAUUCAUUGAUUUAUUAUAGACAAAUUUCAAUUCAUACGGGAGGAAAUAACUUCAUAUAAAGUAUAAGUCACGAAAAUUAUUUACUUGUGAGUAUAAAGCAACAAAUUUGAUAAGACAAUGUGUUAGUUAUUUUCUAUCCCAAUAGUUGUUAAAAACUAAUUUCAGAACAAGUUUGGAGUACAUGUAUGUAGUAACAAUCUUUGUGGAAAGCUACAUUUUGGGUUUCUUUAUUUCAUUACAAGCAAAUUUUUAUUAGGUAUAUUUUAGUGUUAAAAGAAUUGUUUCGCUAUUUUACUGCUUUUGGCGCAUUAAUUUACGGAUGGCUACUAGUGCUGGGAACCAAUUUCCGGCAUUUCACAGUAUCGACGCAUUGCUAGGUGGCACAGAAACGGCCAUGUAUGGGCAACAGUAUGUCCGAAGAUUUCCUCUUGAUCCUAAAGGCUAUAUGGAAAAAACCUUGGAUUUAAAACCGCAGAAGGGUUUUGGACACGGCAUACCUCUGAAUGGCCAUGGUGACUCACUACAGAAACACAAAAAAGAAUCAGAGCAACCAAAACUGUAUUCACCUUCGUCCAAAGACCAGAUGCAACGAAAGAGAGAAAAACACGUGACCGAAGCGGAAGAAUCUGAGGCCCGCAAGAAGACCAGACGCAAUCGAACUACUUUUACGACAUAUCAACUGCACGAGCUUGAACGAGCGUUUGAGAAAUCACAUUACCCGGAUGUAUACAGCCGUGAAGAACUUGCACUAAAAAUAAAUCUCCCAGAGGUCCGAGUUCAGGUAUGGUUUCAAAAUAGAAGAGCAAAAUGGCGCCGACAAGAAAAACUCGAGAAUGCAAGUUUCAAACUAUCCGAGAGUUUUCCUUUAACUUCCGUUACAAGCAGACCGUCUAAUUCCGUCCUACCAUUGGAUCCGUGGAUGACGUCACAACUAACAACCAAUAAUUUAAGUCCUAAUACGCAGCUACAGAUCACUCCUCCGCCAGCCAAUCAAAAUGCAGCUUAUGCUCAGUUUCUAACAUCUCAGACAUUUUCAGGAACUUCGUCAUCGAACGUCAGUACGGCAAUACAAAAUCUGUUUGGCGGAAUCUCCCGAAUGGACGACGGAGAUCCGCGAAAUUCAAGCAUAGCUUCUCUGCGGCUACGAGCGCGAGAGCAUAUGGAACAUUUGGAAAGGAAGUACCUUCUUUGAAUGUGACCUUUUUCCUAUUUCAUUUACAAUUUAUACAUUAGAAAUUCAUUUCAGCAGAUACUGUAUUCGUAUAUAUUGUCCGUAACGAAAGAAUUUAUUGGCAAAUACCGUCAAACCUGACAAUAUAGACCAGUCUUGGGGAUUUGAAAAUUUAUCUUUGCCUAAACGAAUUCUCAUAAAAUAGCUGAUUCUCCAGCAUCAUAAGAUGGUGAAUAAAUAAAGACUUAUGUUGACAGGUUUCAUUUGUUUGGCCAUUAUUACGAAGGUGGCUUUUGACAAGAGUGUUUAGAGUGCGUAAAGAGGUGCUGUAAAUUCAUCAACGUUCUAUGUUGGAAAAGAAUGCUGAGAGAUAAUUUAAUAUUUCAGUUUAUAUGUUUUUUAUGUUUAUAUUUUUACUUAUUGAUCAUUUAUAAUGUUUUUGUCUUGAUAAUUUCUGUAAAUAAAAACGUAUUUAUAGCUUU